GUAAACCACUUGAAAAAUAAAUUAAAAAAACACUUUCUUUCUUUCAAUUAACAUUGCAUUGUUUAUAAAAUACAUUUUUUUCCCCUGAAUAACAUUGCAUUCUGCUUUAAUUAGUGUGAAAAUGAUGUCUGUUAGUAUAAUUGAGUAUUACGCAGAACAUGAACGAUAUAAGUGUGGUUAUUGUAAGAAACCUGAUACGAGUUACAGUCACGGUAUUUGGGCGCACACAAUGACAGUAAGUGAUUACCAAGAUUUAAUAGACAGAGGCUGGAGGCGUUCUGGCAAAUAUUGUUACAAGCCUACAUUAGAUGUUACAUGUUGCCCUUCAUAUACUAUAAGAUGCAAAGCACUUGAUUUUAAAUUGACUAAAUCCCAGAAGAAAAUCUUGAAGAGAAUAAACAAGUUUCUGUCAGGUGAGGCUGAACAGGAUAAAGAUGACAGGAGAAUGUCAACUAGUCAAAGCUAUGAACAGAUUGAGAAUUUAGGGGAACAAUUUGUAGCACCAAAACAAGAUCCUCAAAUGAUAAAUGUACAUAAUGUUACAUUUUCUUCUGGUAGCAAUGAACAGGAUGAUUCUGCUAUAGGUGAUACAUCACCAAUUCCAUACAUGUGUGAUGAUGUACCAGAAACUUCGGGCGAUUUCAUGAUGGAAAAAGGUGAGACAUCUUUGAAAAGUUUACAGACUGAUUCUGUACCGGGAACUUCAACAGUUUUACCUGUAAAAAAAGAUAUGGGUCCAGAUCCUAACAAAGCGCCGUGCAAAAAAGCAAAGCUAUUAAGACGCGAAAGAAGAUUGCAAAAACUGAAAGACAAGGGCAUCGACAUUACAACAUUGCCUGACAUAAAUAAAAAUAAGGAAAAACAAAUUGAGGAUUUUAUUAAUGAACUGCCAGAAAAUGUGAAACACAAACUUGAGAUUAAAUUAGUACGAACAACGCCACCUAGCGGCGAGUGGCUGGCAUCAGCUAAACAGACUCACGAGUUAUACGUCAAAUAUCAGAUGAAAGUUCAUGGAGAUACACCGGAUAAGUGCACUGAGCCCAAAUUCAAGGAAUUCCUAGUGCAUAGUCCAUUAUUGGAGGAACAUUCUGAAGUUGGACCUCCUUCAGGGUACGGUUCCUUCCACCAGCAGUACUGGUUAGACGGCAAGAUGUUAGCCGUUGGAGUAAUUGAUAUAUUGCCCAAGUGUGUUUCAUCUGUAUAUUUCUUUUAUGAUCCAGAUUAUAUGCAUUUAAAUCUAGGAACAUAUGGAGCAUUAAGGGAGAUAGCAUUUACAAGAAACCUACAUACUCUAUGUCCGGAGUUAAAGUAUUAUUAUUUAGGGUUUUAUAUCCAUUCGUGUUGUAAAAUGAGGUACAAGGGUAACUUCCAUCCUUCAGAUUUACUCUGUCCGGAAACAUUUAAAUGGUUUCCCAUAGAAAAUUGUUUACCAAAAUUAAAUAGUUCUCCAUAUUCACGUUUGGAUAACGACAUUGAUAGUGUUGAUGAGAAUUAUCCAAAACAAGGCGAUAUAAAUUUUAUACCAAUACAUUACAAAGGUUCAGUAUUAAUGUACAAAGUUUAUAAGAAAAAAGUAUCAAAAAGUCGACGUAAUAGCGAAGAGCUAGACGAAUAUUUAAGGUUAGUUGGCUCUAAAACUGCUAAAAACCUAGUUCUAGUUAGAUAAAGUUAUGCCUUAAUUUUAUUACUAUUCCCACCAAACAAGGUAUUGAAUAUUAGUGACGUACUUAUGUACCUAGUCACCUUAGUAAUAAGUCUUAUUACCUAGACAAGACAUUUAAUUGCACUUCUUUACCAAAUCGUCUUUAACCUUUAGAAUUAUCAAUAAAAUGCACUUAUCCCCACUACCCAUCCAUUACUCAUUGUAAAUAGGGAAGGGUAGGGGAUACAAAUUUCUAUUUGGCCAUUUGGAAUUGGAGGAACCAUAUGUCAAGCAAUGGACAGACAAAAGCUGAAGAUGAUUACUCAUAUUUAAAAAAAACGAAGAGUUUCCUUAUUUCGUUUAAUGUUUUUUUUUUGUUAUUUCGUAACUCCGCUUCUGGCUCAUAAUUCUUUUUAUUCGAAUGAUAGUGUGUUUUAUUCUUUAUCUUUUACGUCUUCGGUACAUCUCUUGCAAAAAGGCCCAAUAUUACGUGGGGCAAUUAAAUUCGAAUAUUAAAAUUACUUGUAUUGACUUUAAAAAAGAGCUUCGGUGGCUCAGGAGCCAAGCCCUUGA